CGCACACCGAGCCGCGCGCACGAACCCAUCCUGGGAAGUCCGAUGGGGAGCAGCGGUGGCAGCAGCGAGCACUUCCUGCGGCAGCUGAGCUCCAGCGACGGCGGCGGCGGCGCCGCGCUGCAGCAGGAGUGGGAGUGCGGCGGCGGCAGCAGCAGGCGCGGGUCGCGGCGCUGGUCCCGGAAGAAGGCGCGGGCCCGCGGCCACCGCCGCGGCGGCGGCGGCGGGUUCUGCCGGGCGGAGGAGGCAGCCGCCGCGGCGGGGCGGAAGCGCGUCAUGGUGGUGGUGGAUCAGAGCUCCGGCGCCAAGCACGCCAUGAUGUGGGCGCUCACCCACGUCGCCAGCAAGGGCGACUUCCUCACCCUGCUCCACGUCCUGCCGCCGCAGAGCGCCAGCGGCGGCGGGGCGGACGCCUCCGCGCUCGCCAACUCCCUCGGCGCGCUCUGCAAGGCCUGCAAGCCUGAGGUGGAGGUGGAGGCGCUUGUGAUCCAGGGGCCCAAGCUGUCGACCGUCCUCAGCCAGGUGAAGAAGCUGGAGGCGUCCGUGCUCGUGCUCAGCCAGCGCAAGCCCUCGCCUUUCUGCUGCUUCAUGCGGAGCAGCGGCGAGGCGUUCGUGGAGGAGUGCAUCAGCCGGGCGGAGUGCCUGACGCUGGCGGUGCGGCGGCAGAGCAAGGGCGUCGGCGGAUACCUCAUCAGCACCCGGUGGCAGAAGAACUUCUGGCUCCUGGCUUGACGACGCCUGGCUGACGCUGACGGGCCCUCCUCCCUCCUCCUCCUCGCGUGCAGACUUUUACUGCCAAGGCUGAGCUUCUUACAAGUUACAAGAGGUCGAUAAGCUAGCUGUAACCGCCUCAAUAACCCUUCACCGCCUGUCAAUCCUAGCGUGUGCCUGAUCUGCGUGUGUGUGUUUGUAAUGUUGCUCUGAUGUGGUGUUGUGUUUGAUGUAUUCUAUUUAUCCUCGUCGUUUAGCUCUACUGUUGUAGUUGACUAGCUGCCCCCUCACUCUGCUGUUCUAAACGGCUUUCUUUUCAGAUA